AUGACAGGAACAGAUUGUGAGGUGGUUAUUAUUGAUAAUAGCGAAGCUUCUAUUUGGCCUGAAAAACAUGAAGAAAUUUUUAUUGAACUUAUGGAAGAAGAAGUUUUGAAGGGAAAUAGGAAUACUACAACCUUUACAAAGCAAUCAUGGAAGAGUAUAAAGGAGGAGCUUUAUGCACAAGCGAAGAGAAGUUACACUGAUACACAAUUAAGGAACAAAUACAAUCUGUUAAGACAAAAGUACAAGGAUUUCAAGUCUUUAAUGAAAGAGACUGGCGUAGGAUUUAGUGUAGUGACUGGACAAGUUACUGCGCCAGAUGAAGUGUGGGAUAGGCUUAUUCGAGUUAACAAGUCAGCUAAAAAUUUUAGAAAAAAUGGUUGUAUACUUUAUGGAAAGUUAUGCGUUAUUGUUGGUGAUACCACUACAACUGGUUCCAAUGCUCAUCCUUCAACUCGGAGUCCUUCCAUAAAUCUUGAUAAUGAUGAUGAUGAUGCUAUGUCAAAGAGUCCAUCUAUUAUAGGAAUCAAGAAAGUAGUUUUGAUGAGGAUGGUAGCAAAAGAAGAGCGAAAGAUGGAAGUGUAUGAAAAUUCAAUGACAUCAACAAAACAUCACUUAUUGGAUGAGUGUAUCAAAGCUCUCAAUCAAAUUGAUGGAAUUAGUGGAGAAGUAUAUGCAAAGGCUAUUGAGAAAUUUGAGAGCGAGGUGUCUAGAGCAUUGUUUCUAAAGAUGCCAGAACAUAGAAGAAUUGAUUGGUUGAACUAUUUGAAGUGA